UAAAUUUAUUCUAAAUCAAUAAUAAUUCCCUUUGCAUUUUCUAUUUCUCUAUCAUGAUCAACUGUAAAUUGGUGCUACAUAUGUAGUUUAUUGGCCUAGGUCAGUUGUGGGGUGUACCUAUACGUACCUACGUAGUUACAUACUAUAUGUACGUGUAGCAAUUCUAAUCGGGAUUUUAUCAAAAUAAUUCCACCAUUUUUUGCAUACACCAGCAACGAUUCUACCUCUACCUUCCUCUCAUAAGCUACGACCCACCGAUAUCAACAUACAACUAUUGCGAUCAAGAAAACGGGAAAUAGGGACACCAAGACAGAAGAAAAUAUGCCUAGCAAAGAUACAACGUCCAAGGAAUUCACUUCCUACUACCUCCAACAAAGUACAAAGGAAUUUGCGGAGGACCUAGACAAAGUUCGCAGCGCCGACGAUUUCAAAGGUGAUGCGGUGGCCAUGCUCGUGAAAUCACUACAGCAAGGUACAAGUCUGUUCUCUGCUGCCGACCAAAAAAGAGUGAUCGAGGCGAGAAAGGCAGAGGACUCGGAAGGGAAAUGAGAAAUACCUACAGAAUCAUUUCACUCCUAACUUAUCACCCUCGGAGCAAUAAUUAUAUACAGUAUAAAAAUGGCCGACACGGUGAUUUAGGUCGACAGGAAUUGAACAUUGUUCGAGGAAGGAGAAAAGAUACUAGGGCGAAUGAGGGAGUGGAAUAAAAAUAUGAUUUAAUGAAUUAAUAUAUUACUACUUCGACACUCCUGUAGCUGAGCACUGAGACAUCGAGGAAAAUAAUCAUUUGCUAAAAGAUAAAGCAAAAGGAUUGAUUAAUUAUUUGAC